UUUUGAACGUGCAAUACCUAUGCAAUGCACACAGUUUGACAUUAUUUCGGUGUAUUAAAAAAUUGUGUUUUUAUAAAAUUGUUAUGCAUAAUCUUGCGGUUGAAAUUAUUUCGGAGUAUUAAAAGAAAUUGUAUUUUUAUAACAUUGUUAUGGAUAAUCUUGCGCUUGAUAUCUCCGAUGAGACGGAUUUUGUUGCAAAAACAACGAAAGAGGUGGAAGAAAACGUAGCAAAAAGUGAGAAUGAAAAUGCUAGAAAUGUAUCAAAAACUGAUGAUACAAAUGAAAUUUUUCAAGAGAAAGAUUUUUCAGCUAUAGCAACAAAUACAGUUAAAGAAAAUGUAGUUAUAAGUGAAAUCCAAAGUAAUAAUGUACAACCAAAUGAUGAGAAGGAUUCUUCUACAAAAAUAACGAAUAAUGACGUGAAAAAUAAACCAAAAAGUGAGAUUAAAAAUUUACCAAAGAAUGACACCAAAGAAGUUUUUAAAUCUAAAACGAAAAAAGAAAAGGAGGGUCAGCAGGAGAUGUGGCUGACUGUGAACGAGGCUAGUGGAUUGGGAUGCGACAGUGUAGCCAACCGAUUAGACUCCAAUCCUAGAACAGGACUCACCUGGCAAGAAGCCACACACAGAAGACAAUUAUUCGGGUAUAAUGAAUUUAGCGUUAAGGAUGAGGACCCUCCUUGGAAGAAAUACCUCGAGCAGUUUAAAAAUCCCCUAAUUUUAUUACUUUUGGCUUCUGCAUUGGUCUCAGUUUGCAUGAAACAAUUCGAUGAUGCAUUCAGUAUUACAGUUGCAAUUGUCAUUGUGGUCACAGUUGCUUUUGUUCAGGAAUACCGUUCGGAAAAAUCAUUACAGGAACUUACCAAACUUGUACCACCAUCUUGCCACUGUUUAAGGGAAGGUUCGCCGGACACCUUUUUGGCUAGAGAGCUGGUACCUGGUGACGUGGUGCUUUUAAAUGUUGGCGAUCGGGUACCAGCAGACAUUAGACUGUUCGAAGCGACGGAUCUCACUAUCGAUGAAAGUUCUUUCACUGGAGAAACUGAACCUGCAAGAAAAAAUAUCAAUGCGGUAUCGAGACCGAACGGUCCCAGCUCCUCCAAUACCAAUAUUGCUUUUAUGGGUACCCUUGUGAGGUGUGGAAACGGAAAGGGAUAUGUUGUGGGUACUGGUACCAACAGCGAAUUCGGCACCGUUUUUAAAAUGAUGUUGGAAGAAGAGGCACCCAAAACACCACUACAGAAAUCCAUGGACAGUCUUGGUACUCAACUAUCCAUCUACUCUUUUGGCAUUAUCGGACUCAUCAUGCUUCUGGGAUGGAUUCAGGGCAAAUUAAUAAUGGAAAUGUUCACGAUCGGUGUGAGUUUGGCGGUGGCGGCCAUACCGGAAGGUUUACCAAUCGUUGUGACGGUCACUCUGGCGCUGGGUGUUAUGAGAAUGGCCAAAAGAAACGCCAUCGUUAAGAAAUUGCCAACCGUCGAGACUUUGGGCUGCGUUAACGUUAUUUGUUCUGACAAAACCGGAACGAUUACAAGAAACGAGAUGACCGCAACUGUUUUGGUGACGGCUGAUGGUUAUAUUGCGGAACUCACAGGUGCUGGUUAUAAUGACCAUGGACAAGUUCUUCUGCACAAAUGCGAUUUUCCCGACAAAGCAAGAGAAAGCGUAUACCAUCUACUGGAAGUAGGCGUAGUUUGUAAUAAUGCCAUCAUCACCAACGAGCAGCUGAUGGGACAGCCGACAGAGGGCGCACUAAUCUCAGCUGCGAUGAAACACGGCAUGUACAACAUACAGGACAAAUACGUCCGAUUGCAGGAGUACCCUUUUUCCUCGGAACAAAAAAUGAUGGCUGUCAGAUGCGUGUCGAAGUACGACGAUAAAUACGAGGUUUUCUUCGUGAAAGGGGCGAUCGAGAAAAUUUUACCGAAAUGCACAAUGUAUAGCUGGAACGGCACGAUAAAACCGAUGGAGCCGAAAAAGGAGCAGGAUUUUAUCGCGGAAGCCCAUGAAAUCGGCAGGAAAGGUCUUAGAGUUAUCGCAAUGGCUAAAGGCACCACGCUGCAAGAUCUUACCUAUAUGGGUAUAGUGGGUAUUUGCGACCCACCAAGACCCUUGGUCAGAGAAGCCAUUAGCACUCUUAAGCAGUCUGGAGUCCAAGUUAAAAUGCUCACUGGAGAUUCAGUUGACACUGCUGUAGCGAUUGCCCAGUCAAUAGGGUUGGAGUGCCUUCCAUCGCAAGUAAUAUCCGGCGAACAGCUGGACGCGUUCAACGACAUGGAGCUAGAUGGCGCCGUGCCGCACGCCACUGUUUUCUACAGGGUGUCGCCGAAAAACAAGCUUUCGAUCGUAAAAUCAUUGCAAAGAACCGGUCACAUCGUGGGAAUGACGGGAGACGGGGUGAACGACGGCGUGGCCCUUAAGAAAGCCGAUAUCGGCAUUGCCAUGGGCAAGAAUGGCACCGACGUUUGUAAAGAAGCCGCCGAUAUGAUUUUGGUUGACGACGAUUUCUACACAAUAAUUGCAGCAAUUGAAGAAGGAAAAAGCAUAUUCUACAAUAUCAGGAAUUUCGUUAGGUUUCAACUAUCUACUUCUAUAGCAGCUUUGUCGUUAAUAGCUUUAGCUACACUAAUGGGGAUUCCAAAUCCACUUAAUGCCAUGCAGAUUCUUUGGAUUAACAUUAUAAUGGAUGGUCCGCCAGCUCAAAGUUUGGGUGUUGAACCUGUAGAGAAAGAUGUAGUAAAACAAAAAGCAAGAGAUACCAAGGAACCAAUGAUUACCAAAAAGCUUAUAAUAAACGUUUUACUUUCUGCCAUUUUCAUUAUUGCUGGGACAUUGUGGGUUUUCAACAAAGAAAUGAGUUCAGAAGGCAUUACAGCACGCGACACGACAAUGACGUUCACAUGUUUCGUGUUCUUCGACAUGUGGAACGCGUUAAGUUGCCGAUCUCAAACGAAGAGCGUUUUCCAAAUCGGUCUCUUUUCUAACAAAAUGUUCUUAGUGGCUGUAAGUUUGUCCAUAAUCGGUCAACUCUUGGUUGUGUAUUUUCCCCCGUUGCAGAGGGUGUUCCAAACUGAAGCUUUGACAGCUUGGGAUAUGGUAUUUUUGACGAGCCUAACAUCGUCGGUGUGGAUAUUUUCCGAGAUUAAGAAGCUGGUGGAAAGGCUGAUUGAACAGAAAGGCAAGGGCAAGAGGUCGCCUCUGGAGUACGUAUGACAGAAGAGGGGGCCAGGGGGAACCCGCCGCGAUUAGCUGCUUGAAGUUUCUUUGCCCCCGCAAAAUCGAAUGAAGAAUAGGCCCCCUUUAAUAAUGUGCAAUACUUCUAUGGUUUCAAUUGGCCAUAAGUUUAGAAGUGUAAAAUGUAAUGUUCACUUUUAUUAUCAUUAUUAUUAAAGUAGAGGAAGAGUAAAGUCAAGUUUUGGGAAUUAUGAUUUUUAUGUAAUGGAUACCUUAAAAUAAUUUUGUAAUGCGUUUGAAAAUUUCUAUUGUAGUCAUUCUCCCACCAUUUUAAGGUGAUCCUUAUUGUAAUCGAUGGAUUUUUAAAUUUACGUUUUCAGAGUUUAUUGACAAAAUUUCCAUUAUUACAUAAAAAUUCAUUGAUUAACAAGUUAGUUAAUUUUGUAAUUUAUUUUUUUGCACAUUUUAAAGGACUUUUGUUUGCAGCUAAUCCUAGUGUAAGUAGCUUUUAUAAAUAUUAUUUUCCUAUAGGUUUGAAACUUUGUAAAUAAAAAUAGCAUUUAAUAUAAUUUAUUUUAUACCCAGUAGUCAACACCUCUUUUGUUCUUAGUUUUUAGGAUCAAAUACUUCAAAUUAAUAUUUUGAAAACAAAAGGACAAAAAAGUUUAUAUUGACACGCGGUAUAUUUCAGCAAAUAUUUUAUUGACAGUUUUUAUUAAAAUAUAAAUUGCCAUGUCAUAUAAUCAGCAUGCACCAUCACUAAAGUAAUCAACAAUUAUGCGAUUGUUAGUUUUAAUGGGUAUUAGUCACAUUAAAAUUUAAAAAAAGUUGGGAUUUGUUAUGGUAAUCCAUGACACGCAAAUGUGAAUAAUGAGAAUCUCCAUUUUUUGUAUGUGUCCUAUUUGAAAUUGAUGCAUUUAAAGCAUUAUUUUACUUAAAAAACUAUUUAUUUAAUAUUUCAUGACUUAACGGCAAAAUUUUGGUUUUAUUUUCCUAUUUAUACCAAUUCAUUAUUAUACUUACUUAAAUAAUUGUACUAUAAUUUAUUAAUAUAAUUAUUAAAAUUACAUUUUUAUGCAAUUUAUUUUU